UGUAAUGUAAUGUCAAGUGUCAACUUUGUAUUGAAUUCACAAUUCUAAAAAUAUUCAAUAAUUUAAUUGUUUUUUAAUUAUAUUUAAUAUAUUAUAAAACAAUGAAAGCAAUAAUUCAACGUGUUAUGAAUGCAAAUGUUUCUGUAAAUGGAGAAGUUGUAAGUAGUAUAGGUCAAGGAGCUUGCAUACUUAUUGGUAUUUGUAACAAUGAUAAUUCAAAAGAUAUGGAAUAUAUGGCUCGUAAAAUAUUGAGCAUUAAGCUAUUUGAUGAUGAAAAUGAGAAAAAAUGGAAGAAAAGCAUAGUUGACAAAGAUUUUGAAAUUUUAUGUGUCAGUCAAUUCACCUUAUAUAACACAUGGAAGGGCAAUAAACCUGAUUUUCACCAUGCCAUGCCUUCGCAAGAAUCCAAAGAGUUUUAUGAUAAAUUUAUUCAAUUAUUAAGAAACAGUUACAAACCAGAGAAAGUUAAAGAUGGUGUUUUUGGUGCCUAUAUGCAAGUAGCGUUACAAAAUGAUGGACCAGUCACAUUAGAAAUUGAAUCGCCAUUGCAGAUUGAAAAAGGAAUUAAGAAAACAAAACCACUAAAAUCUGCCGAAGUAGAAGAUAAUGCUGAUAGAUAAUCUAUAAUUUUAGUAGUAUUUUAAUAUAAUUUAUUAAAAAUUACAAUCAA